AUGUCUAAUCAAAAAGAUAAACGUUGGCUAGAUAGUUUUGGACUUAUAAGUAAAGGAAAUGAUAACAGAUUAAAAGAUCCGAAAAUACAUGAAAUAUUUUACAAAAGACUAAAAAGACAUUAUGCUACAUUAAUUGACAGGGUUAAUAAUGAUACUUUGGAAGAUUCUUUUUCAAACUUAACUCUAAACGAUCAAACGUUAUCAUUAAACGAACAACAACAUUGUCUUUAUUUAUUUCGACAAUUACGUGAAGGUAUUACUGCAAGUCAACGUAUCGAUAAUUUUACCUGUGGAUUAUAUGAAACAUCUGUACGUGUUGGAAUAUAUAUGAAUCAUGUAGAAUCUUAUGUUCCAGCACUUUGUUAUUUAUUAGAAGUUAUUUAUCCAAAAUUAUUAAAACCAUUUGCACAAAAUCAGAUGGUGACAUGUUAUCUACUAUAUUUAUGUAGUUUAAGAAACUUUCAAGGACUUUAUGAAAUGAAAAACAAGUGGGAAUUAGAUGCACAAGAUAUACCAUUUGAAUUUUCAAAGAUUCUUAUUCAAAACAAUUAUAUUGCAUGGUGGAAAUUGCGUCAGCGAGUACCAUGGUUAUAUCAACGAUUAAUAGAUUUAAGUCGUGAACAAAUUCAAGAACGUUGUGUAUCAGUAAUUAAAGCUUCAUAUUAUAAAAUAACAAAAAAAUGGAUGGAAACAUAUAUUGGAUUGGCUUUAUUCUCUAAAACUGGUUGGAUAAUUGAGGAUUCAUGGAUCAAAAUACGUGAGCCUGGUUUACCUAAAAUCACUUAAUUUUUCAAUAUUCAUUUUUUUUUCGACAAAAGUAAUUUUCGGGCUUCUUGUUCUUUCUUUAGGUUGUCAUUUUGUUUCUUUUUAAAAGCAAGAUCUUCCUAAUAACAUUUAAAUCAAUCUUUUAGAAAAAAAAUUACUUCGUCUAGCUCUUUUUUUUUUUUCUUUGGUUCUUUUAAUGGUUUCAAUUUUCCUCCUUGUCUUCCAGACUAUUGAAAUAAAUAUGUUUUAUUAUUUCUUAUUCAA